AUGGACCUCAAUAAUAUUUUAUUUUCGAGCGAUGAUGACAGUGAUGGGGAAAAUAGUGGACAACGUCCAAUUUACAAACCAAGAAUCAAUUUUGAGAUUGCAAAUGAUUUCCAAUUCAAGGAAAAAUUUCGACUCCGUCGGACCGAAGUUCAAUUGGUUCUUGAUCGUAUUGGCCAAGACCUCCCGAUACCGCAACGAUACUAUUCCUUAACCCCACGAGAACAACUUUUAUUAACCCUUCACUGGCUCGGCACUGGUACCUACUACCACGCAAUUGGUGACAUGCACGGCCCUUCAAAGUCCUCUGUCUGCUGCAUAGUCAAACAUGUUGUCAACGCCAUUGUGGACAAUUUAUUUCAAGACGUGGUUCGGUGGCCGGAUAACACUGAUGACAUCGCCCCGGAAUUUUUGAGAAAAGGUGGAUUUCCCUGCGUUUCGGGCUGUGUCGAUGGGACACUGAUAAAAAUUGAUGCCCCUACAAUCAAUGAAGAACAGUACGUCGACCGAAAUGGCAACCAUUCGCUCAAUGUGAUGGUGAUUUGCGGGCCGGAUUUUUCAUUCUAUGCCGUCAAUUCUCGUUGGCCAGGGUCAGUACACGACUCCCGUGUACUUCGCACCUCCGCGGUAUCGUCGCAGCUGGAAAACGGUUGGCGUUCAUUUGCAGGAGCAGUAAUAUUAGCAGAUUCAGGCUAUGGACUCAAAGAGUGGCUUAUCCCUCCUCAUCCUCACAAUGACACUAUCGCAGAAGUCCGGUUCAAUCGGGCUCACAAAUCAACUCGGCGUCUAGUGGAAAACGCGAUUGGAAUUUUUAAAGAGCGCUUUCCCAUUUUAAAUUUUAUGCGUUUGAAUCCUGCAUAUGCAGGGAGAAUUGUUAUGGCUUGCUCCGCACUUCACAAUAUUGCAAGUAAAGAUGACUUCGAUCCUCCGGUUGGAAAUAACGAUACGCCGCAUGAUGGAGGUGAUCAUGCUCAGAGUGGAAAUAUGUGCGCAAGCGGUCGAGCAAGAGUUCAAGAAUUACUAAAUUAUUUCAUUUGA